AAGCUACGUCACUUCCGGCUAACAGACCCGGUUGAAGCUGCAGUCGGGAUAAGUUAGCAGGUCCACCAAGGCAGCUCGAAUAUUAAAAGCAACAGUGAGGGUUCGAACCCCCACCUCCCCCUCCCUCUGGCUUCAUAUUGACAGGAGGUGGUGCAGCGUCGGCAGGCAACACAACAAGCUAAGCGGCCGCUCCUGCUGGAGACACCGGAUAGCAGCUGCGGCUAACUGGUUUAGCAAAGUAACAUCCUCUCUAGCUGCUAGCAUCUCCACAAAGCGGAGUUUGUGAAGCCAACACACUGAACGUCUUGUCACUGGGGCUAUAAAACAACACCUGGAGGAUCGAUGAUGUCCGCUGCUAGCAUUGACGCGCAGAUAUCGAAAGGACAGGAUGCCAGCAAAGCCUUUCCCGUUUCGGUGCAGAACGGCUCCCUGCACCAGAAGGAUGCGGUCCACGACAACGACUUUGAGCCUUAUCUUACUGGACAGUCCAAUCAGAAUAACAGCUAUCAGUCCAUGACAGAUCCUUACCUGUCCAGCUACUACGCCCCCUCCAUUGGAUUUCCUUACCCUCUGAGUGAGGCUCCGUGGUCUACAGGCGGUGACCCGCCGAUACCCUACCUGACGCCCUAUGCGCCCCUCAGCAAUGGAGACCACCACUUCAUGCAUGACACGGUGUUCGGGCAGCCGGGGGGUCUCAGCAGCAGCAUUUAUCCGCACAGGUUCAACUUCUUCCCCGAGAACCCGGCCUUCUCCGCCUGGGGGACCAGCGGUUCUCAGGGCCAGCAGACUCAAAGUUCAGCCUACGGGGGGAGUUACAGCUACCCACCAAGCUCAUUAGGAGGCACUUUAGUCCCGGAUGGUCAGACUGGUUUCCAUAGCGACACCCUCAGUAAGGCUCCAGGUAUGAACAACCUCGAGCAGGGCAUGCUGAGCCUUAAAAUAGGCGGCGAUGUGGCAGCGGGCAGCUCGGGUGUGAAAGCCGCCGGCUCGGUGAUCGGUGGCGGCGCCGGUGUCGCCGUUGCCACGGGCAACGGGGGAACGCCAGUCGGAAUGCCACCACCGAAACCGGCAUCGUGGGCUGCCAUCGCGAGCAAGCCCGCCAAGCUGCAGCAGCAAAAGAGCAAGAUGAAGCUGGGCACGCCCAUAGGCGGUGGACCUCUGCCCCCACCGCCCAUCAAACACAACAUGGACAUCGACACCUGGGAUAAUAAAGUGGUGGCCGCAAAGAUGGCGCCCGCUUUGCACCACCACCAACAGCACCAGGCACAGCAGCUUCACUCGCACCCUGCCAGCCUCUUGCCGCCCCUUCAGCAGUCCCUCCAGUCGGCCCAGUCGCUCGUGCAGCAGAUGACCAUGCAGGCUCCUCCCCCUCCCCUCCAGUCCUACCAGAACCACAACUCGGCCCCAGCGACUCAGACCCGCUGGGUCGCCCCGCGCAAUCGCAACUUGUGUUACGGCGGCGGAAGCUUGGACAGCAGCGGCUCCUCAAGCGGCGGCGGUAUCGGUAACGGGGGCGGAGGGGGUGUCUGCUUGGGAUUGGAGCCCGGCUGCGAGUCCCACCCCGUCCUGGAGAAGCUCCGAGCCGCCCACAGUUACAACCCCAAAGAGUUUGACUGGAACCUGAAAAACGGCCGCGUGUUCAUCAUCAAGAGCUACUCUGAAGAUGACAUCCACCGCUCCAUCAAGUACUCCAUCUGGUGCAGCACGGAGCACGGCAACAAGCGCUUGGACUCCGCCUUCAGGGCCAUGAACUCCAAAGGUCCCGUUUACUUGUUGUUCAGCGUCAACGGCAGCGGCCAUUUCUGCGGCGUGGCGGAAAUGCGCUCGCCCGUGGACUACGGCACCAGUGCCGGCGUUUGGGCGCAGGACAAGUGGAAGGGCAAGUUUGACGUGAACUGGUUGUUUGUUAAGGACGUGCCCAACAGCCAGCUGCGCCACAUCCGCUUGGAGAACAAUGACAACAAGCCGGUCACCAACUCGCGGGACACUCAAGAGGUUCCGCUGGAGAAGGCCAAGCAGGUGCUCAAGAUCAUCGUCCAGUACAAACACACCACCUCCAUCUUUGACGACUUUUCUCACUACGAGAAGAAGCAGGAAGAGGAAGAGGUGGUCAAAAAGAGCUAUGAACCAGCCACAUUACAGAACCGACCCCGACUUGAUCAGGAUCGUCAGAAGUAAACAUACGACGCCUUGUGGAAGCUGAAACGGCAGGUCCUGCUGGGAUGAAUACAAUAAAAUGUAUUUAGAUUUAACAAAAACCAAGAAGACACACGGACAUGAAGAAUAUUGAAGACUAAUAUUUUUUCUAUUUAAUUUUGUCGACUCUGGCCCCCGUCUUAACCACAUCACUCACCGCUCCCCGUCUUUAGGAAGUGCGAAGGGAUGAAGUCUCUUUAGUAUUACAUACUUUUUUUUUUUUUU